AAAACACUAAAAUAACAGCAGAAGUCGUAAAAUUGUCAUAGCACAGAGUGAUUAAAAAGUGCACCGAUCAAUCUGCGAUGUUUUCUACUGUCGUCUGUGUAGUUUCAAUAACCUUCGUUUUUUUUUUAACAUAUGUGGUUCUGUUAACUUGGUUCUUUUAACUAGUCCAUUCCCUCAAAAUGAUUCAUCUUAUUUUCUAGUGUCUAUUUCACAUCACUUAAAUUAUGUUCGAUCGAUUUUUCAGUUUGCAAUACAAUGGACUCUUAUUUGAUUUUUGCAGGUAAGGUACAAAAUGUUACUAAAGUUCAGACACUUCUUUUCAGUGCUACUUUUCCAAGCUGGGUUAAGCAAAUUUCUAAAAAUUCUUCAAGCCAAUCAGAAAUAUAUCCAUCUUGUUGCAGCUGAGAUUAGGAAGAUUGAGGCUAGCACCAAUGUUCGACAUAUUGUCCUUCCAUGUAAUAGUACUAAUCAUAGGGCACAACUCAUCCCAGAUAUUAUUCGCUGUUAUAGCAGAGGAGGCCGAACAAUUAUAUUUACAGAGGAAAAGUUGUCUGCUAAUGUGAUUGCCGGACUGUUGCCUGAUGCAAGAGCUCUCCACGGUGAAGAUCAGUUCCAAAUAUAUGAUCAACUAUAUUUUCUUCUCCAUUUGGGAAGUAUACUUGAAGUUUCUCCAAGGCAGAAUGCAUAAACUCAUGUGCAUCCUCUUGUUGAGGUCUUAUAAAAUCAAGUAAAAAAUUUGUUACCGUAUAUGUCAUGGAUUACAAAUUCACAACAACAAAUCAAAUAAUAAGUAGAUAAA